CUGGCUGGGGAUCAUCUAAUCACACCGAAGCCCGAGCUGCAAAACCUCACUUGGUCGCCAGACACCACCACGGGGAAAGCCCACGAUGUCUUCCCUGUGGGAUUCUUUCGAGAAUUUUCGGCGCAAACUGAUCGUCUUCCUGGUGCGCAACGUCUUCAACCUCGUCCACCUCCUCGCCGUCCAGCGAGAUCGAACCCUGGCAACUACCGCCUAUGCCGCGUCCGCAGAAACCCUAUACAUACCCUCCAGGGACAGUACAAGGAAAAUAAAAGCUUACCUCUACACGCCUCCAACUGGAUCAGCCUCUCCCAGCUUACCAAAACCCGUGCUGGUGAAUUGGCACGGCUCAGGCUGGACGAUUCCCUUCCACGGCAGUGACGUCGCGUUCUGUGCGCGCAUCGCAAAAGAAUUAGAUGUAUAUGUCGUCGACGCGGACUACAGGAAGGCGCCUGAAAACCCGUUUCCCGCCGCGCUGGACGACGUUAAGGAUGUGCUGGACUGGGUAGCCUCGCAACCGGAGCGCUUCGACGCAAGCCGCGUAGCAGUGUCGGGAGCGAGUGCAGGCGGCAGUCUCGCACUUGUUGCAUCAUCUACUUUGCGGGCAUCGCUCAAGGUCGAUAUUAAAGCUGUGCUUGCGCACUAUCCUGUCACGGAUCUCGGUCUGAAGGCUGAGGAUAGGGUGAUUCCAAAACCGGUCGCACCGCUGCCGCCGCCGAUUCUGGAAUUGUUUUAUAGCAAUUAUGUCGGGACGGAUGUCGCGAUGCGCAAGGAUCCCAGGGUUUCGCCGAUGUAUGCUAGAGUAGAGGACUAUCCUCAGACAGUGGUUAUUGUCACGUGCGAGGGGGACACUUUGUCGGUGGAGGCGAAGAGGCUAGCUGAGAAGUUGGAUGAUGGGAGUAGGAAGGUCGUGAAGUGCGUUUUGGAAGGCAUGAACCACGGCUACGAUGUAGGUGCGAAACCAGGAACGAAGCUGUGGGAUAGGCGUGAGAAGGCGCACGCAUUGAUGAUUGAGUCUUUGAAGGACAGCUUCCGGAAAGGAUGA